AUGGGAGACAACAGAGGCAAAAAGCGGCCGGCUGAGGAGGCCUUCGCCGACGAUCUCGAGUUCGAUAGGAUCGCCCCAAACGGAGACGUCACCUUCGUGCUCGACGAGGGCAACACGAGAGUCCGGGUCAACUCGGCAGUCAUGAAGAACGCGUCGCCCGUGUUUGCCGCCAUGCUGGGUCCCAACUUCAAGGAAGGGCGUGCUCUCAGCGCAGGCGAUUGUGCAUCCGUCGAUGUCCCAUUGCCUGAGGACGACGCAGUCGCUUUCGGAUGGGUUUGCCGUGUGCUGCAUUCUCAGGCCGACACAAACCUCUGGUCCCCAAGCCCAAGGGAGAUUAUCCAGGUCUUGGGCAUCGCCGAGAAGUACGGCCUCCUGAAGGGAAUCCAGAUUUCUGUCCAAGUCUGGAUUGACCGGCAAGAGGACUCUGACACCAAUGACCUCUGGCUUUUGUCGCUUGCCUGCUGUCGAGCCCACGACGCGGAGGCCUUCAAAUCCGCCACUCGCCGUCUCAUCAUCAAUCACUCAGGAUCGUUCGUCCAACUCGCAGCGGAAACAGAAAAUGUCAUUCCCGGACCAGACGCAGGGCGUACUGUAUACAGACUCGCCGCAAUUGUUGAAGAGUCACGGAACAAAGCGCUCUCUAAAAUACUCGAGGUUCUUCACACGGUCCUACCCAAGGCCCUUGAAAGGUGCUGUUGUCAGUACCAUUCAAGCACUCUGCAACCCAAGUACGGUCACGCUCUUAAAGCUCAGAGUCAAGCCGCCCAAUAUGGCCACUCCAUCAAAAGAACCAUUGACAUCCUAUUUUGGGUGUUGUUCAAGGCAUUUACCCCUGUCCGUUGCGAAGACUGCGCUCAAUUUCGAUUGAGAGAAUAUGAGCGCAUCCAUCAGGUCAGCGUCAAGCUCCAAAACGAAGUGAAGGGAGUUUGUCUCCCUUGCUUCGACUGGACCUCAGACAGAGAGAAGUGCAAAGGGGAGGGAUCACUUCGCUUCAAUUGCGUACCAGGUAACCGACAGUCUACCUAG